AUGGAUUUGGAUGUAACAACGUGUGGCGAAGGCUCAGGCACAACAGCGCCUGCAAUACGAACCAAACGAGUGCGUCAUAAAUGGACAUCUGCAUUUCGCGUCAUGCAGUCAUUGCAUCGUUUGAAGAAUCCACCUAUUGGCGCAAAAUCUGAGAAACACAACUAUCACUUCGUUGAAUCAACACCUUCCAGAGUAGAUCCGGUUUACUUGGCAUUGAAACAAGCCACUGGUAUCUACGGUCGACGAGGUUCAUCAACGCAGAAUUUUGAUUCAGCUACACCAUCACCUCGCAAUUUAUCAGAGGCUUCUUUACAAGAUUCCGGAUACGCCGAAGCAAGUUGUAAUCGUGGUGUUAUGAUUAGUUCAACACCUCAACUGGAUCAAUCGGGUAUGAAUGGAGGGAAGCGGCGUCCGCCCAAGUUGCAGAAACAAAUGAAAUCAUUAUCACUGGACUGUGCCGACUCACCACCUUCCAUUACAAGUGGUGUAUAUUCAAGUGCGUUGCGAUCACAAAUAUCCCAUAAGCAUAGUAAUAUCUGCGGCAAGAAGCCAUAUGAAUUAGAAGUUCAAUCUCUACGCCUAGUCAGGAACUGCGGAGGUAAAUUAGCACCGACACUGUUAAAUUACAAUAAUAGUUACGGGGACAUAUCAGAAUGCGAACGAAGUCGAUCAUCGUCAGGACCAUCUCCUCGCUUAACUCCACGUCGUAUUAGCUCUUCAGAUGUUCUACAAGGAUCUCAUGUGGUCAUUCAUGAAUAUGUAGCUGGACCUGAUACAGCCUUAUGUUUAGGUGAUCGAUUGAAAGUCGUUGAUAACGGAGAUCCUGACUGGCUUUAUGGUUUUAAGACAGGUGAUCGAGUAGAUCGGCUGAUGUCAUUUCCAAGUACUUGUGUUGCACUGGUACAACAUGGUGAGCAGCCAAUGUUGCUCAAACAAAACGUUCAUAUACCUGAGGCCAAAAUGAGACUUUAUCGUGACCAGGUAGUAUUUGCGCAACCUGAUUCAAUCAUGGCCGGACGAGUAUUGGUACGUACAGAACGUCAUGCUUUUGUUCAGUGUCCUUUGCAGCACUUGCUCUUAUUGUGA